GCACCCCUUCCUCCCGGAGUCCAAGGCAAAAACCAAAGCCGCUCCCCCCACCCGGCCUCCUACUCCUACAAAAGGACGCGCGCCCAAACGACACGAACCUCCACAGCUCUCACACACUCUCACUCCCUCGCCGCCUCCCCCUCAGAACUCCAGAGCAGAGUGCAGAGCCAAGCAUUCCGCCUCCGGGAAGCAGAGCAGCCUGCCGGCCAUGAAGCGAACCAGAGCGCAGCAGCCCAAGGUAGAGGACCCGCAGGAGCCCGGCACCGCCGCGAACCCCGCCAAGCCGCAGCGCCGGGCCGCCAAGCAGCCGCGGCAGCCCAAGGCGGGCGCCAACAAGAAACCCGCAGCGGCGACGGCUCGCGCCGCGGCGGUCGCGGCCGCAGCCGCCGCCGCCGCCGCUAAUGCGGCUUCGCCCGGGGCGGAGAUGGCGCCGAUGGUCCCGGACGUGUGCGCGGCGGCGGACGGGGAGGCGGACGCGCGGUCCGUGGACUGCUGGGACCUCGACGCCGGGCUUGAGGCGGCGGCGUGGUGGACGUGGGGCGUGGACGAGGAGAAGCUGCUCGGGUGGUUUCCCUUCGUCGAGGAGGACUUCCGGUGCACCGGCGGCCGCGCCGGCGACGCCGAGGUGGACGCAUUCGACCACGACAUCUGGAGCAUUUGGUGAAAUCGGGUAGAGGGAUAGGGACGAGCCGCCGGAGCAGGUGCCGCUGCCUUUUGCCCGUGUUGCUCCGGCCGGGGUAUUGUUUUGGUACAGGAACCGGGAAGAAUGGCGGUGGAGGAAUAUGUAGGCGAGGUAGCUAGGAGACUAGUGUAUGCUAUCAAUCAAUCGAAAAUGCUCUUGGUUGCUCCAU